CGAUUGAAGCAUUUUAGUAUUAAUUUCUCCCAAAGCAAGUAACAAACGGUCCCGUUUCCUUCCGCCCUCUGUUUCUCUCGUGAUGCUUCUCUCUCUCUCUCGGUCUCUGGUACUCUUGCUCAUCUCCAUGGUGCUCCCUCACCGCCGAACUGCCUCCAUUUCUCAAAUCCACCGCAAAAGGCUGCCACUUUUUGUCGCUUCUUUAGAAAAUUGAUCUCGUUUUCUUCCCCCUUCCGCGCUCAAGCUUGGAAUGCCGCUUCUCGCGCUUCUUGUCCUGGCCCUCGUCGCCGGCUCCUACGACGCGUCGGUGCCGGUGCGGACAGUCCGGUCCGAGCCGACGCAGGACCGCGAGGCGCUGCUGGCCUUCGUGGCCGCGGUCCCCCACGAGCCGCGCCUUCGGUGGAACGUCAAUACUUCGGCCUGCGACUGGGCAGGCGUGGCCUGCGACUCCGGCCGUGCUGCCGUGGUGUCCCUCCGGCUUCCCGGCGUUGGCCUCGUGGGUCCCCUCCCCGCCGGCACUCUCGGCCGCCUCACCGCCCUACGUGUCCUCUCCCUCCGCUCCAACCGCCUCUCCGGCACCAUCCCUGCCGACCUCGCCCUCCUCGCCCACCUACGCAGCCUCUACCUCCAGGACAACCUCUUAUCCGGUAGCAUCCCGGCUACGCUGGCCGGGUUGAUCCGCCUCGUCCGCCUGGACCUCUCUGCCAAUAACUUCACCGGUCCGGUCCCCUUCGCCGUGAACAACCUCACCCGCCUCACAGGACUCUUCCUUGAGAACAACCGCCUCUCCGGCAGCCUCCCUAGCAUCGGCAUCGCCUCCCUCGUCGACUUCAAUGUCUCCUACAACGAGCUCAACGGCUCUGUCCCUACGUCUCUCGAGCGAUUCCCAGCCUCCUCCUUCGCCGGCAACCUGGAUCUCUGCGGCGGCCCCUUGCCCCCAUGCAAACCCUUCUUCCGGUCUCCAGCUGCAUCCCCGAUGCCUGUGGAGGGCCCGGUCGAGGAGGCAUCCAAGAAGCUCUCGACGGCGGCGAUCAUCGCGAUCGCCGUGGCGUCCAUUACCGGGCUGCUGCUGUUGAUGCUACUGCUGCUAGUGAUUUGUGUGCUGCUCCGGAGGAGGAGAAGGACGAAGAGGCGCACCAAGGAUAUGACGGCGAAGCGGUUGGAAUCGUCGGCUGUGGCAGCGGCGGUGGGGAGGUUGGGGGACACGGGGAUGACCUCGUCGUCGAAGGAGGAGGUGAGCGGCGGAACCGGGGUGGAGGCGGAGCGAAACCGGCUGGUGUUCAUGGGUAUCAGCGGCGGGUACAUUUUCGACCUGGAGGACUUGCUGCGGGCGUCGGCGGAGGUGCUGGGGAAAGGGAGCACGGGCACGUCGUACAAGGCGGUGCUCGAGGAGGGCACCACCGUGGUGGUGAAGCGCCUCAAGGACGUGGCCGCUGCCAAGCCGGAGUUCGAGUCCCACAUGCAGACUCUGGGCAACGUGGAGCACGCCAACCUGCUAACCCCGCGCGCCUACUACUAUUCCAAGGACGAGAAGCUCCUCGUCCUCGACUACCUCCCAUCCGGCAGCCUCUCCUCCCUCCUCCACGGGAACCGAGGAGGGGGUCGGACGCCGCUGGACUGGGAGAGCCGGAUGCGAGUCGCCCUCGCGGCCGGCCGCGGCCUCGCUCAUCUCCACACGGCCGCGCGCACCGUCCACGGCAACGUCAAGGCAUCCAACGUCCUCCUCCGCGCCAACGACCUCGACUCCGCUGCCCUCUCCGACUUCGCCCUUCACCCACUCUUCAACCCCGCCGCUCCCCGCCACCGCCUCGCCGGCUACCGUGCCCCGGAGGUGCUCGAGACGCGGCGGCCCACCUUCAAGUCCGACGUUUACAGCUUCGGUGUGCUCCUAUUGGAGCUCCUGACCGGGAAGGCGCCCAACCAGGCGUCGCUGGGCGAGGAGGGGAUCGACCUGCCGCGAUGGGUGCAUUCGGUGGUGAGGGAGGAGUGGACGGAGGAGGUGUUCGACGUGGACCUCAUGCGGUAUCCCAACACGGAGGAGGAGGAGAUGGUGCAGAUCCUGCAGGUCGCGAUGGCCUGCGUCGCCACCGUGCCGGACGCCCGGCCCGACUUCCCUGAGGUCAUUCGCAUGAUGGAGGAGAUCGUCAAUCGGACGGAGGGCGACGAGGGUCUCCGGAGUUCCCCGGCAGGUCCAGCCAAGGGCGGCGACGUUGGAGGGGCUGCCAUACCGACGGCCGACGGGCCUUGAAGAACUGUCAUCAGCAACGUGGCAGAGCAAACGAAUUUGUGCAUUAUCUAAAGUUUAUUUAGCAACGUUUGUAUUUUUCUUUCUUUAAUUUUGUCUCUCUCGCUGAUUAGAGAGUCACGUCCAGAUUUAAUUA